CGCUGCCGGGGGCCGGGGGCUGGUCGCGGCGCGGAGAGGCCGGGACAAGAUGGCGCGCAGCAAGGCGGCGAUAGUGCUGUGUCUGGAUGUAGGCUUUACGAUGAGUAGUUCUUAUCCUGGCGAGGAGUCUUCACUUGAACAAGCCAAGAAGGUUAUGACAAAAUUUGUGCAGCGACAGGUUUUUGCUGAGAGUAAAGAUGAAGUCGCUGUAGUUUUAUUUGGCACAGAUGGUACUAGGAAUGGCCUUGCCAGCGGAGAUCAAUACCAGAACAUUACUGUACAUAGGUCACUAAUGCUACCAGAUUUUGAUUUGCUGGAAGACAUUCAAACUGUGAUUCAACCAGGCUCUCAACAAGCAGACUUUCUGGAUGCAAUUAUUGUGUGUAUGGACUUGCUUCAGAAGGAAACCGUAGGAAAGAAGUUUGAGAAGAGACACAUUGAACUGUUUACAGACCUUAAUAGUCCUGUCAGUGAGGAUCAGCUGGAAAUUAUCGUUGCUAACUUGAAGAAAGCAGGAAUUUCACUUCAGUUUUUUCUGCCGUUUCCAGUGAAUGAUGAUGAUGGAGGUGGAGAUACAAGUGCCAGCAUACGUUCUCAUUUGCAGCAAAACCCUUUCCCAAGAAAGGGGCUAACUGGGCAGCAGAAGGAAGGAGUUGAUGUGGUGACCAAAUUGAUGCAUACUUUGGAUGAAGGAGGGCUGGAAGAAAUUUAUACUUACAGAGAGAGCCUGGAGCGUCUUUCAAUGUUUAAGAAAAUAGAAAGAAGACCUGCAGCUUGGUCCUGCCAGUUAACUAUUGGUUCCAAUUUGUCCAUAAAGAUUGUGGCCUACAAAUCACUUACAGAAGAGAAGGUGAAAAAAAUGUGGACAGUUGUAGAUGCUAAAACCCUCAAAAAAGAAGAUGUACAAAAAGAAACUGUUUACUGCUUGAACGAUGACGAUGAGACAGAGGUUCAGAAAGAUGAUACUAUUCAAGGGUUUCGCUAUGGGAGUGAUAUCAUUCCUUUUUCCAGAGAAGAUGAAGAGCAAAUGAAAUACAAAGCUGAAGCAAAAUGUUUUUCUGUUUUGGGAUUCAGCAGAUCCUCUCAGAUUCAGAGGCACUGUUACAUGGGAAACCAGGUUCUCAAGGUCUUUGCAGCGAAAGAUGAUGAGAAUGCAGCAGUUGCUUUUUCAGCCCUUGUUCAUGCAUUGGAUGAGUUGAAAGUAGUAGCUAUAGUGCGUUAUGUUUAUGAUAGAAGAUGUAACCCACAAAUUGGCGUGGCUUUUCCAUAUAUUAAGGAUGCAUAUGAGUGUCUCAUCUAUGUGCAAUUACCGUACUCGGAAGAUGUAAGACAAUAUGUGUUUUCAUCCCUGAAAAACAAUAAAAAAUUCACUCCUACAGCCGAUCAGUUAUCUGCAGUCGACUCUUUGAUUGAUUCUAUGAAUUUGGUUUAUGAAGAUGAUGAUGGAGAAACUUUUGAGGACCUGUUUAAGCCCAGCAAAAUCCCAAACCCUCAUUUUCAGAGGUUAUAUCAGUGUUUGCAACAUAAGGCUUUUCACCCCAAUGAGCCGCUGCCGCCAAUUGAACAGCACCUUUUAGAGAUGCUGGAGAUGCCCUGCAUGGUAAAAGAAAGGUGUCAGGUUCCUCUUGAGAAAGUGAAAGCACUCUUCCCUCUAAAGGAUGUUGGCAAGAAAAAAGAAGAAAAGACUGCUCAAGACAUCUUUAAAGAUGACAAUGAAGAUGGACCUAACCCUAAGAAACAAAAAAUUGAAGAUGAGGAAGAUAGCUUUAGCAUCAUAAAACUUGCUGAAGGCAAUGUCACCUCUGUUGGCAGUGUUAACCCAGCAGAAGACUUCCGAAUUCUGGUGAGGCAGAAAAAUGCUGACUUCAAAGAUGUGAGUCAGCAGCUGAUAAACCGCAUCGAUCAGUUUCUGGAACAUAAAAGUUCACAGUACUACAUGAAAGGGAUCAAUUGUAUCAGAGUUUUCAGAGAAGAGGCCAUGAAGCUGUCCAAGGUGCGGUGCUUUAAUGAUUUUCUGCAGGCCCUGAAAUCAAAGGUGGAAGACAAAGCCGUAGUUGAUUUCUGGGAGAUGGUGGUACAAGACAGAAUUUCUUUGAUCACUAAAGAUGAAGCAGAGGGAAGUUCUGUGACUAGUGAAGAAGCUGAAAAGUUCUUGGCUCCGAAAGAAAAGAAAAAUGAACCUCUGCCUGCUACAGAUGAAGGUGGUGAUGUUGAUGACUUGCUGGACAUGAUGUGACUGCAUGAUACACUGGGAUUGAAUAAGCCAAGUUAUGGAAGAGAUCCCCCUGUAAGAUGGCGCACAAAUAGGAUGCUAAUGAGAAGACUGUAUAUCCCUCUUUAUUUUCUCAAAUGAGAGCAGAAGUCCAAAACAUUUUCAGUUGGUAUAAAUGUCAUCUGACUUCUUAAAACUAGAACAGAGGAUUGAUAUCUUUAAGGGGUCUCUCUUUUUUUCUUUAGCACAGCGAAUCUAGUUUAUCCAUGGAACUGCUUCCAGUUAAACACCACUAAAUUUAAUGAGAACCUGUGUUUGUGCCUGAAAUUCUUGUUAUAUUCCCUGAGAAGGAAGACAUAAAUGUCACAGUGAGGUUACCAGGUAAUAUAGAAUCUUUAGUGGAUGUAACUCCAUAGCAUUAUUGUUGCAGAAGGAGAAAGGUGGUAUUUUCAUGCUUUUUCCCAGCAGAGAAAAAAAAGGGGGGGGGAGGGUUUAUUGAAAAAAUUCUAGGCCGGAGAUUCACAAAGUAAUGGUUUGAAAUGAACAGCAGAAUCUAAAACAUACAACAGAGCCAAGUGUACUGAUCUUGCGACGCUGUACCCAAAUCAACAAUUGCGGUCAUCUUUCUGUGCUCCAAGUUCUCUUUCAUGUCAGCUCAACAGCAGAGUUAAAUAUCCUCAAAAUUACUAUUUUUUUUAAAGGCUUUUACCUGUGAUUACUGUAGUACUCCUGGUGCUAAAAGGAUAAAAGACUCGGUUAUAUGCCUAUUUAAUACAGUGUUGGUAAUGUGGAGCAGAGGAAUACGUGAAAGCUGUACACUGACACUUGUGAUAGAUAACUGAUGAUAAUUAACAUUGGUAGCUGAAAUGGUGUACUGUCUGCACAAAGCAAUCCAAAGUUGUCAAAUACUGCUUAGAAAGAGAUACUCAAGUUUGAUUUACAGAUCUGAAGAGAAACUAAUGACAGCUUCACAGAUGCUUGUUACAGCCAGAUUAAUUCCUUUAAAAGCUGUUCUUUGUUAUUGCAAAUGUAUAAAUAUACUGUGCAAAGUGGUGGUAGCAUCAUAAAAAAAAAAUCAUGAGCUAAAUUAAAAGAUGUAUUGGAAUAUCUGCCCUUUAUACUGAACAGCUCCUGUGUGUGAAACAGCAAUUGCUUUUCCCCACAUCUCCCUACACAGAGACCUGCUCUCUCCUUUCUUUUGUCUUACCUUGACUGAGUUCAUGCAGACUUUGAAGAGAUCUCUCAAGUGCAGAAGGCAGGCAGUAGGUAAUGUUUGCAGGCCUUUAGAUCAUUUGUGUCAUGCAAAGUUAUUUUUCUGAAUUGUAAAUAAGAAAUUGUUGGUAACUCCAUGGUUUUGACCGUCUAUUUUUAGGCUGAUUUAUGGAGUGUAACACUGUUGUUUUUUUUAAUUUUCUUAAUUAGUUUGAUUAAUAAAAUACUUAAUGGAUUGC